AUUUUUUUUUACGCCCAUAAUAAAAUGGACAAAGCAUUCGAGCUACAAAGGCAAGUUCGGAAUGAUACGAGAACAUUGCAAAGUUAUUUAACCGACUUACAAAACUGGGAGGUAGAAAUGAAACGCAAAGAGGCCGCGCUAAACGGUGAAUUAGAACAGGAUCUACCACCAGUGAGGAGCAAGGUGCGUAAGGAAAAGCCCGUGCAAGUGCUAAAGGAGGCCGGCAAUCGGAUUAAGGCAUCGGACUACAGUGCCUGGGAAAAGUUUGAUGUUGAAAAAGCAUGUGAAGAAGUAGACACAGCUGAAUUGGGUCCGGCAUCCUUGGAUAGCAAGAAGAGCCAACCAAUCAAGAUGGAGAAGUUGAGAGAGGAAGCACAGUAUGAGAAAGAGAGGGGGAACAAUUUUGUGAAGCAGGAGAAAUGGGAUGAUGCCAUCGCGUGCUAUAACCGUGCUAUAGAACUGGUGAAGGACGAUGCUAUUUACUUUGCCAACAGGGGUCUUUGCCAUCUUAAGAAGGAAAGCCUUCAUCAAGCUGAGACGGACUGUACCGAGGCACUCCGCCUGGACCCCACUUACGUUAAGGCUCUCCAACGCAGAGCUACAGCCAGAGAGAAACUGGGGUCUUUGCGUGCCGCUUCCCAUGAUCUCAACGAAGUCAUCAAGUUGGAGCCUCACAAUGUCGUUGCCAGGCGACAGCUUGACGCCAUCAUAGCACGGAUGGGGACUAAAGGGGCUAAAUCAAAGUCAUCCCCUACAUCAGAAAACAAACAGAUAGCAAAAGAUCAAUCCAAAAUCGUUGAGAUACCUGGCAGCUAUGAGAAGAAGUCUUCACCUUAUGAGAAGUGGAGACAUGGAGUCGGUGAAGAUGUAACUGUGAUCAAACCUGUCAAGAAACCCCCACAUUUGAGGUCUAAGAGAGCUCUAAAACAUGUACCGAUCCAAGAAAUCCUACUAGGCAGAACUGUUGUGGAAAAACCGGCGACUCGUCUGAAAAUCGUUGAAGUCGAUGUCAAUAAAGCCCAUGGUGACUCAAAUAACAACGACUCUAAAAAACUUAGCCAAAAAAGUGAAAUAAAUUGUGACGGUGACAAAGAUAACGGUCACUGCGACAAAAGUGAUGGUAAUAGUGAAUCGGCAACAGUUGUUUAUCACAGUGAAAAGGUGGUAGCUAAUAUGGUGCCACCAUUAAAUAGCGUUCAGUUUAUAUUGGAGUGGAAAUCUUUGCGAGGGAACAGUGCAGCUAGGAGUGAUUAUUUAAGUAUGAUAGAACCAUCGAAACUACCCACAAUUUUUGAAAAUGCUCUCGAGAGCGACGUGCUGUCGGAUCUUCUUCAAACGCUACACGACUAUAGAGACAAUUUCGAAGAGCACUCUAUUGGAGAUUAUCUGAAGAGUCUUUGCCGAGUGAAGAGAUUCUCCGCACUAGCCAUGUUCCUUUCUAGCAGUGAUAAGGAUUUACUAAACGACAUGCUGUGCUAUUGCAUUGCAACGCAACAAAUCAGUGAGAGUGAAUUUAUGGAAUUGAAAAUGAAAUAUGAACUAUAAAUGGUGUUAGAAAUUAGUAUAGCUCCGAUGUUUCAAUGUAUGUUAUUAUUUUGUUUGCUUAAGUAAAUAAAUGAAAAACUCACCAGA